GUCCAAAAUAUUUGUUAUGUGUAUCGUAGAUGGUACCUUUAGAUAAGCUUGUCAUCUGAUUGGUGAUUAUCGCACAUGAGAUGUUUCAUGAUUCUAGUAUUAUACGGUUUCCUAGGGCACCAAGUUCAAUUGUGCAGCUGUGCUUCAUCUUGUAGAAUUCAUAGUACUGGAUUCUUGAAUCCAGGGAAAGCGGAUAUUCAAUACUAUGCCCCUAAAGCUAGACUAGCUAGGUGCCGUAUGUCUUCUGGAGAUGACGACAUACCUCCUUAUAACCUGGACCCUCGUAUAAUCGAGGCUCAGGUGUUGCAUUACGGUCCCGAGAUACCCGGUGAGCUUUGGCAGCGACCUUGUCGUCCACCUGGCUUUGUUGGUUACAAGGGGAUGUCAGCGGAAUUCAGGUACUGCAGGCCUGAUAGGGCUAUAAUGUCGCGUAUGAUGCGCAGGCGCUAUAAGCAUGUGCUUUACAAGCACGUGAGGGCGAAGUACAAGGAGUAUAUCCGCAAUGCGCGCAAUAACGGGGAGUUGAUAUAUUGGCAGGCCAAGUUGGACUCGCUGCCUCGUGACUCCUCGUUGACCAGAUACAAUCGCAUCUGUAUGCUGACAGGUCGUACCAGGGCUGUUAGCAGGCUAGUCGGGUUAACCCGGCACCAAUUCAGGAAGUUUGCCUAUAAGGGCUUGAUCCCUGGUAUUAAACGUGCUAAUUGGUGAUAA